AUGAAAUUUCCUAUGAUUUAUACUCAAUUUCAAACUAAAAAAUGUCAAAUUUAUACAACUAUGGAUGGUAUGUUAACGAAAGAUUCUGUUGUUCCUAUUCAUUGUGUAAUUUCCGGCGCAAAAGAUGUUAAUUUGACAAUUAAUUCAAAUUGGAUCAAGAAUGAAGGUUAUAGAGAUCCUAUUUUAGAAAGAAAAAUCACAGUUGGUUCGACAGAAGUAACUAUCUAUGCUAAAUGUGGAGACAAUACAAGUUAUGAUAGUCUUAUCGAAUACACUGUUCAAUGA